AUGGCAUCGGACAAUACGCCCAAGGCGGACGAGAGCUUGCAAUCGAGCCUCGGCCUGUCCAACAUUGACCUACUGGCCAUGGUGCUCAGCGACUCGGGCCUCGCCAACGCCGAGCCGCAGUGGUGGAACGCGUCGCCCUUGGGAUGCUUCCUUAUCGGGCUUCAACCACGAGGUGGUUGGCAGAUUAUGCAGCGAUCGAUGCAAUGGGGCGACGACGCCUGGGCGCGCUGCUUUGGCGUCGACUGCCAGGCUCCCACCCUCUACGCCUACUUUGCCUGCAGCAUCCGCAACCGCCUCGAGGUCCUUGCCUCAGAAAACUUUCGCUCGCCGACCGAGGGCGUCGCCCCGGGCGCGCCGUGGAGCGUGGCGCCCAGCUUCUCCGUCAAGCGCCCCACGAAGCUCAUUGACGGCAGUCGUGGUGGGCAGGCUUUUGUGGCGGCCAUCCUCGCGCCCGAGAAGGGCAAGCACUACAGCAUUGUGGACCAGGCGCGCAUGCAGCUCCUCAGCGUGCUGCUCGUGGGCGCGAGCCUGACGCGCGAGGACAGGCGGGGCGAGUAUGUAGACACGGUACUGCCGCAGGACUUUGACCUGUCGCCCGCCUUGGGCAUCGUGUUCACGCGUUUGCUGGCGGCUUUGGUGUUCUUUAGCGUCGUUUGUGUCGCAUUGUUGGUGAGCACGUGGUGGUCGCUGCUGCGGAGCAACUUGUACGGCGAUAGGGCGUCGCUCGCCUGGAUCACAAAGGUCCUCUCGUUGGGAUGCUGGGCGGUGGGGGCCAUGGGCUUGCUCAUGCUUGGAGGGAACCCGCGGGUGAUGCUGGUCGGCAAGCAGAUAGAUGGGUUCGUGUCGGACCGCAUCGAGGAUCUGGUAAAGACCACGAAAGAAACACGGACAAUGGAGCCAUGUUCGACUCCGAUCAAGGAGAGAGACGCGGCAGAGCCAGAGAGCGAGGUCAAGCUUCUCACCCCGACGAGUCGAGUCGGCCAAGCCACAGUCGACGCCGCCCAGCAGAAGCCGUCGCCGGCGAAAAGGUCCACCGUCGUCAUAGAAAUCGAGGCACAAGCCCACACGGCACCGACGGAGCGGCAACAGCAAUCCAAGAUGCCCAUUGUCGUCCAGUUCGGCUCCCUCCACGGCUCCAUCUUCACGCCAGAUAGGGGCACCUGCGAGCUCCCGCGCGACCUGGUCGAGCGCAUCUGCGCCCUCGACAUCAAGACGGUGCGCUCGGGGGGCUGGGUCGCAGGCGUCGCGUGGUUCGGUGUAAUGCUCCUCGCCGGCGUCACUUUGCAGAUUGGGAGCAUCCUUGCGCCGCUGUUUGCCGCCGACCUCGCGAGCCUGACCUUCCUGCUGCUGACGUCCCUAGCUAGGGGGGCCGGGGUCUCGGGACCAGAGAGCUGGAUGAUUCCCAGGUGGAAGCGGAGACCGAACGCGGUCCAUGGUGCGGUGCUUGUCGGGCAGUGUAACUCGAGGGAGCGAGCCGACGUGUGA